AUGUUCCUUUCUUGGGUGUAAAAAAAGUUUCGAUCAAAAAGUCUCAACUUAAAAUUGAAACUUCGUUUUAGAACUUUGCCCCCGAACCCUAGUUCUUCUUUUUCUCUUUUCUUCAUUCCCAUCUUCCCAUCUCAUCGUAGCACCACCUCUCUCUUUUAGUAUUCGUGUUCAGCCGUUGAGCCACCUCUCUCUUCGUUCCAUGCCUCUAUCUCAAGCAGACCCAUCUCUUUACACGAGGUCUCGCUAGGGUUUACUCAGUUGUUCUUAAGUUAUGACCAUUGUUAUUGAUCUUGAGAUCAGCUAUUGAUUCUUAUUCUCUCUGUGUUUGUUGUUGAGCUUUUGAAGCAAAUAGCUAUUAUCGUCUUUAUGUUAUUGAUCUUUGUGUUUGUUUUUGAGUUUUUGAAGCAAAGAGCUCUUAUUCUCUCUUUGUUAUUGAUAUCGAGGUAUGCUACUUACUCGGGACUUUUUUCAUCUUUCUCUCUGUCUCUUCUUUGAGCUCUAAAAGAGAGCACCAACCAUUAGGCGUGAGCACUAAGCAUGCUUAUUUGUAAAGUCCAAAAAUUACUACCAUACGCAGUGUGUGCAUAAUAUAAUACCGAAUUUCAUGCUAUACACAACCGGAGCGUGACAUAUUUCCACCGCCUAAAACAGAUAAUUAUCCUUACUAAAGGCACUAUUUCCAAACUAGUCCGCAGAAAAACGGGUUCAAAUCUCAAAUAUUACUGAGAGCAAGGCAUUAAUGUCAUUUUUACAAACAAAACCACCAUACACAGAGACGCGGGCAAAAAAGGAGUUUCGAGAGAUUCAAACGCCUGUUGUAAAGAAAGAAAAAACCUACGCGUUCCCUCUGAUAAAAUCGUUUUUAUUUCAGGUUUUUGAAGGUUUUUAUGGUUCUUUAGGCCAGACAUGAGUGCUCUGGGGAUAAACACUGGUUCGAGCUCAAAUCCAAGUAACCCAAAUAAAUCAGUGGAGGUGGUGCAGGCCCCCACUGAUGGGGUUUCUAGCCUCAGUUUCAGUCCAAAAGGCAAUUAUCUUGUGGCCACUUCUUGGGAUAAUCAGGUUAGGUGCUGGGAGAUACUCCAAACCGGAGGCAGUGUACCGAAGGCUUCAAUAACUCAUGAUCAGCCGGUGUGUUUGGUGUUUACGAUGGAUGAAGAUUAUUCUUGUUACAUUUUGUGCUCAACCUGGAAAGACGUUGGAACAACAGUAUUUUCAGCUGGUUGUGACAAGCAAGUUAAAAUGUGGCCUUUGAAGUCUGGUGGGCAACCAACAACAGUGGCCAUGCACGACGCGCCAAUUAAGCAAGUGGAAUGGAUUCCUGAGAUGAGUUUACUUGUAACUGGGAGCUUGGACAAGACUGUGAAGUAUUGGGAUACUAGGCAGCCAAACCCUGUGCACACUCAACAGCUGCCUGAGCGCUGUUAUUCCAUGAGUGUGCGACAUCCUCUGAUGGUCGUGGGAACUGCUGAUCGUAAUCUGAUCGUUUACAAUUUGCAAAAUCCUCAUACAGAGUUUAAGAGGAUCACUUCACCACUAAAGUACCCAAGUAGAUGUCUUGCGGCAUUCCCUGACAAGCAAGGUUUUUUGGUGGGUUCAAUAGAGGGCCGAGUCGGCGUGCACCAUCUGGAAGAUUCACAGCAGAGUUAAAACUUCACUUUCAAAUGCCACAGGGAAGGCAAUGAGAUCUAUUCAGUCAACUCUUUAAACUUCCAUCCUAUACAUCAAACUUUUGCCACAGCUGGAUCUGAUGGUGCUUUCAACUUUUGGGACAAGGAUAGCAAACAAAGACUCAAGGCUAUGGCAAGAUGCAAUCAGCCGAUUCCCUGCAGCACAUUCAACAAUGAUGGUUCAAUAUUUGCAUAUGCUGUGUGUUAUGACUGGAGUAAGGGAGCAGAAAAUCAUAACCCUGCAACAGCUAAAACCAACAUUUUCCUCCAUAUUCCACAGGAAUCAGAGGUCAAAGGAAGGCCACGAGUCUCAAGUGGAAGGAAGUGACUUCUCUCAUGACUUUGUAGUGUAGAUUUUUAAUUUUUUUGACUCUAAUCUACCAAGAUCAGUUUUCUAGGUGGUUCAAAUCAGGGUCCCUUUCUUUCUAGUAUAGUGAUUUUCUCAAGACUUGUACUGUAUUUUUUUUAUUUAUUUUUACUCAAAUCUACCAAGAUCAGUUUUUGGGUGGUUCGAAUCAUGGUCUCUCUUUCUAGUAUGGUGAUUUUCUCAGGACUUUGUACUGUAAAUUUUUUAUUUUUUUGACUCGAAUCUACCAAGAUCAGUUUUUUGGA